UUCAGUCGUUGUUUUGGGUCCCCACUCAAAAAUUCGUCUUGUUUAACAAGUUUGGGGUUGUACAGCUUUGCCGGACAUGGCUUCUGGUGGUGGCGCUGGAGCAGCACACGUCGGUGAUAUCGAAGAAGACGCGUCUCAGCUUCUCUUCCCGAAAGAAUUCGAAAAUGCGGAGACGCUCCUGAAUUCUGAAGUACACAUGCUUCUGGAGCAUCGCAAACAGCAGAAUGAGAGUGCCGAAGACGAACAGGAGCUUUCCGAAGUCUUCAUGAAAACGCUCAACUACACCGCUCGUUUCAGCCGCUUCAAAAACCGAGAGACAAUUGCCAGUGUACGCAGCUUGCUCUUGCAAAAGAAACUUCAUAAAUUCGAGCUGGCGAGUUUGGCUAAUUUGUGUCCUGAGGCUGCGGAGGAGGCUAAGGCCCUUAUUCCGAGUCUGGAAGGCCGAUUUGAGGAUGAAGAGCUGCAGCAGAUCCUGGAUGACAUUCAGACCAAGAGGAGCUUCCAGUACUGAUACAAGUUCCUAUCAGGAUUGUGCUGCCUCUCAUCAGCGGAUACAACUGGACUUGAUUUUGUAAAAUGGACAUGUUUGGGACACAUUAUGAACGCCCAAUAGUUCGUUCCGAUUGUGGAACUAUGAGAAAAUAACGUGCUCAAACACAAAGUAUGUUUCAGUUCUUUUUUUUUUUUUGUCUUUUUUAAAUCUGUAAUGUCUUUGUUAACACAGU